GCUGCAGCAACGCAAAAGGCAGGAGACAUGGGACAAACAGCCGUUGAGCAUUUUGCCAUCCCCACCGUCAACGGCAAGCCUCCGGUCAGGCGAGAGUCCCGGUUCGACCGACCGACUGCCAGUUCGGCUGGUGACAAUUUUGGGAACUGGCUGGGACACCAGGCUGACUGCUCGGGUAGGGCAGGGGUUCCGGACAGAAGAGUUUCCUGUGUAAGGAUGAGCAACGGACCUGCAAAUAAAAAUCAUAACAACUAUUUUUACGAAGACGAAGACUUAUAUGAGGAAUAUGAUAGACAGGAAAUAGAAGCUUUAAAGUUCGGCAAAGGCAAGAGUGGAACUCGAUCUUUGUAUAACUCAUACAUGGAUAGAGUGGACAAGACGCCAUCUGAGUCUGAUGGAUCAAAUGAUGAGAUUGACUAA